AUGGAGCGUGUCGUUUUAAGGUUUCUGUUGGCCUCGGCAGUGAUUUUAACCGCUGCAACGGUGAUUAGUGGCGAGCGAGUCAAUGAAACUUCUGCUACAGCGGAGUUAGUGUGGUCAAAAGGAAAACUGGAGUCUGAUCUCUUGAGCAAGCCUCAGCCGGGAAACAGCGACUAUUUAUCCGCGGGUGCGGAUGUUGACGACCAUGACGGCGGGUUUUCUUCUCUUGAUGGAGUGUUACGAUGGACCAUUGGGCAUUCUGAUCCAGCGAAAUUAAAAGAAAGUGCAGAAGAUGUUCAGAGGUUGUCUGCUAGUGAGUUACAGAAGCGUCAAUUAGAAAUUAAGUUGAUAGAGAAGAUGAACAUGCCAUCCGAUGCACAGUUGAUGCAGAUAGCGAUAGAUGAUUUAAACAAUUCAUCUUCAUCUUUGGAAGAUCGCCAACGUGCGUUGCAGGAACUUCUCAUACUUGUUGAGCCACUUGAUAAUGCAAAUGAUUUGAACAAACUUGGUGGUCUUGCCAUAGUAAUCCAAGAACUUAAUCAUCCUGACCCAGACAUAAGGAGACUUUCUGCAUGGGUUCUUGGAAAAGCUUAUCAAAAUAAUCCAGUUGUUCAAAAACAGAUUUUGGAACUUGGGGCACUGACUAAGCUAAUAAAGAUGGUAAAAUCUAAUUCCAUAGAAGAAGCCAUUAAAGCACUAUAUGCUGUUUCGGCAUUGAUCCGAAACAAUUUAUCUGGUCAGGAGUUGUUUUAUGCUGAAGCUGGGGAUACAAUGCUUCAGGAGAAGCGCUUGAUAGGCAAGUACUUUGAAGAGAUAAGUCAGGAUACAGGAAAAUAUGUUUUUGGUGUUGAUGACACUCUGAAAGCUUUGGAGAUGGGUGCUGUUGAAACUCUAAUUGUGUGGGAAAGUUUGGAUAUUAAUAGGUACCAGUUGAAAAACUCUGCCACUGGUGAGAUUGUCAUAAAACAUCUGAAUAAGGAGCAGGAAACCAACCAGGACAACUUUAGGGAUGCAGAAACCAAAGCUGAACUGGAAGUUCAAGAUAAAAUGCCACUGCUGGAGUGGUUUGCAAAUGAGUACAAGCGUUUUGGUUGCACUCUAGAGUUUGUUACUAACAAAUCACAAGAAGGAUCCCAGUUUUGCAGAGGGAUUGGUGGUAUCCUCCGUUACCAGCUUGAUAUGAGAUCAUUUGAUCUUUCUGAUGGAGAUGUUUAUGAUGAUUCUGAAUAA